UGGGCUGUGCCUGAGUCUCCUCCCUUUGGCCGGCCGCAGGUUGGUGGCGGGAGCAGGGGACAGCUGAGAGCGCGGGGAGGGGGCGCUCUGCGCGGGUUCAUGGCCGAACCCGGAAGCCGGGAGCCUGAGACUGGGGCCUGCAGCUCCAGUGUCGCCGCCGCCAUGGCCUCGCAGCAGCUCUUCCGCGCGCUCGUGUCGGCGCAGUGGGUGGCCGAAGCGCUCCGGGCCCCGCGGGCCGGGCAGCCCCUGCAGCUGCUCGACGCCUCCUGGUACCUGCCCAAGCUGGGCCGCGACGCACACCGCGAGUUCGAGGAGCGCCACAUCCCGGGCUCUGCCUUCUUUGACAUCGACCAGUGCAGCGACCGCACGUCGCCCUACGACCACAUGCUGCCCAGGGCUGCGCACUUCGCCGAGUACGCGGGCCGCCUGGGCGUGAGCGCCUCUACGCACGUCGUGGUCUACGACGCCAGCGACCAGGGCCUCUACGCGGCGCCGCGCGUCUGGUGGAUGUUCCGCGCCUUCGGCCACCGCACCGUGUCGCUUCUCGACGGCGGCCUCCGCAACUGGUUGCGCCAGGGCCUGCCGCUGAGCGCGGGCAAGAGCCGCCCGGAGCCCGCAGAGUUCCACGCGGUGCUGGACCCCGCCUACGUCAAGACGUACGAGGACAUCAAGGAGAACCUCGAAUCCCGGCGCUUCCAGGUGGUGGACGCCCGCGCCGCUGGCCGCUUCCGGGGCACCGAGCCCGAGCCCCGAGAAGGCAUCGAACCCGGCCACAUCCCUGGCACUAUCAACAUCCCCUUCACGGAAUUCCUGACCGAGGAGGGCUUGGAGAAGAGCCCCGAGGAGAUCCGCCUCCUCUUCCAGGACAAGAAGGUGGACCUGUCCCAGCCCCUGGUGGCCACGUGCGGCUCCGGCGUCACAGCCUGUCAUGUGGCACUGGGGGCCUACCUCUGCGGCAAGCCCGAUGUGCCCCUCUAUGACGGCUCCUGGGUGGAGUGGUACAUGCGCGCCCAGCCCGAGGAUGUCAUCUCCGAGGGCCGGGGGAAGACCCACUGAGGCUUGGCCGGACACAGGAAGCUCGGGUGACACCCAGGCACCAGCGGUGCCCAGCCUGGUGGUUCUGACUCUGCUUUGACCAGUAUAGGGUUUCUUCCUCCAACCCAGGUGGCGCAUAGGGUGACAUCCCAGAGGCCAGCAAUUCCUGUGCCCGGCGGGCUCUCAGUGGAGGCAGCAGAGAAGGUGGUGGCGGGAGCAGGGGGAGGGGAGCUGCCCACGUGGUGCUGAGCUGGAGCCCCACCUCCCCUCUGUUGAGGAAAUAAAACAGUCAAGUGCUAAAUCCUUCUAACUGAGGCUGCCUCGGCUUCCCUCGGCUCUUUGGCCAGUGGUUCCAACAUGCCCGGCGAGGGAGCUUCGUGGAGCCGGAGGGUCUUGAGGACGCUGUCCCCCUGCCUUCUGAGCGGUGCUGGGGUCCCAGAGCCCUUCCAGUUCUGUGACUGAACGUCUCCCAGCGAACUGUCUUCUACUUCUACUUCUAUGGCUGGGGUCUCCCUUCUGGCUUCUGGGCUAUUUAAGGUACAUCUGCUGUGCUCUGUCUGGAAUCACACCCAAACCCCCCCUGCAGGACUCUAUAAGAGAUGCACUUCCCUGGUGGUCCAGUGGUUAAGACUCUGCGCUCCCAAUGCAGGGGGACCAGGUUCGAUCCCUGGUCAGGGGACUAGAUCCUGCAUGCCACAGCUAAGAGCCCUCAUGCCACAGCUAAAGAUCCCGCAGACCACAAUGAAGAUCUCACGUGCUGUAACUAAGACCCGGGGCAGCCAAAUAAAUAAAUAAUUUUUUUUUUAA